AUGUGUCGGGUCCCAAAUCAAUUUGGGAAAAGGACACCUGAAGAAGCACUUAAGCGAGGUUUAACGAAUAAAUGUGUAGCAAGAGAGACAUCGUCGUGUAUUGCCAUCGAGCUGGUCGGCUAUGUAGACAGGAUGCUCAGGACAGCGUCCUUCCAGCUAGGCGAGGAUAUCAUGAUCGUUGAUGAAAGCCAUGGCGCUGCAGCAGAUAUACCAUCGUCACCAGAAACCUUGGCCAGAUCGGGUACAGCACUCGAAGAUCAGGCUCAGCAGUUGAUUAUGAAUAAGUUGUGGCAUUUCGCAAGCUCCAGGUCUCUACGAUACAGGAUACUCAAGGAUGCAGAUCUGGUCAUUUCUGGAAAGCAAGAAAAGGAUGGAAGCUUAGGAGUUGGUGUGGCAUUGAAACCACCAAAGGUAUUCGAGAGCGGCAGAGCCCGCCAGAAGAACAUCGGGCCCGUUCUAGCCUUGGCAGCGCUGAAGUUCGGUCUGUUCGGAGCCCUCACUUUCAAAGUUCUUUCCCUCAUGGUAGGGAAGGCCCUACUGAUUUCCAAGAUUGCUCUCCUACUGUCCACGAUCAUUGGAUUGAAGAAGCUAUUCUCUUCUCAGGUGAAUGACUGA